GCAUAUGCAUUAGAAAUUUCAGAUUAGUUUUGCUCUAAUUCCUGCGUGGGAACUGCAAAACGGAGUUGAGAAAAAGGAGAUUCAGUUAGGGUUUAGCAAAUGGCUUCUACAUCGAAUCCAGACAGCCAUGAAUCACCGCAGAAAAGCGUCUAUAAAGAUCCGGAUGAUGGGCGCCAGCGUUUCUUACUGGAACUCGAAUUUGUUCAAUGCCUCGCUAACCCCACUUAUAUUCACUAUUUGGCUCAGAAUAGAUAUUUUGAAGAUGAAGCUUUUAUUGGGUACUUGAAAUACCUCCAAUACUGGCAACGACCUGAGUACAUAAAGUUUAUAAUGUAUCCGCACUGCCUAUUCUUUCUUGAGCUUCUCCAAAAUCCAACAUUCCGUAAUGCAAUGGCGCAUCCCGCCAACAAGGAAGUGGCACAUAGGCAGCAAUUUUACUUCUGGAAGAACUAUAGAAACAACCGGUUGAAGCAUAUUUUACCACGGCCGCUUCCUGAGCCUGCAACUGCACCACCAACUUCUGCUCCACCUGCAUCACUACCAUCAAGUGUAGUCCCUCCAGCUGCUCCACCUCCUGCUCCUACACCUGUUACAGCUGCAGCUCUUUCCCCAAUGCAGUAUGCCAUCCCUCCUGGAUCUGGUCUUGCCAAAACCGACCCAAGGAAUGCUUCUGUUGAUCGAAGAAAGAGAAACAGGAAAGAAGGGUGAUUUUCUUUUACUCAUGACACAGACAUUGAACCAAUUAAUUCAUGGAUUAAGAGUCCUGAACAAGUCUCAAGCAUGACCAAGGACCUCUGAUUUCUUUCUCAUGUCAGAAAACAUAGUACUAAAGUUUUGCGAGAGAUCAACCACACAUUUUAAUUGGGUUCUCUGGGAUCAAAUUUAUUCUAUAAGGUGAUCAUCGAUGGAAUUAGACCACCUCCUACAUGUUAGAAGGGAAGCCCAUCCUGUGUAAUUGCUGCACACAGUUACAAGAAUGGAGCUUGGCAGUUGUAUACUGUGAUCUAGUGCAUCACUACUCGUUGAAUCUAGUUUCUGAUGCCAUUAUUGGUUAUGCACCUUUAAUUUUAUGAGUUGUUCGUCACCCCAAAACAAAACAAAACAAAAAUAGAAAUACUAGUUCUUCCUACGGGUCAUCACUCAUCAGCUUACUCUUGCUGUGGCCUGUGGUUCUGCUGAAGCUAAUAGUAGCUAGCUAAACCUUGGAAUUGUAAUACCAUCAAAACAUCUAUUUCUCUUUUCUAUCAUGCUGGAGAAACGCAUGCCAGUAAAUAGCUAAUUAUUGAAUAGGUGUUAGCUUAAUGAAGUCCAUUACCGCUGA